GCUCUGAACACUCGUCACCAACAGCGCAUUCAGCUGUUCUCUUCUAACCUGCACAAUUAAAGCCCUUCGGUUGCAUUUCACUCAAUAGAGACCUGCUGCAAAACAUCUUUAAACGCCAUUAUUAGUAGACAUGGACCGGACGGACAGCGACUAUUCCAGCUUUGAGAAUCCGUUACUCAGCGAGAUGAAGCAAUUCUGCAAGAAGGUACAAGAGGCCUAUAAUGAAUUAAAGGAGGAUCUGACGCCGUACAAAAACGACCGAUUAUACAGGUUAGCUCCCAUGCGUCUUUACACGCUCUCUAAGAGACAUUUUGUCCUGGUGUUUGUGGCUUUCCUCUUCUGCUUUGGAGUCUCCACCCUCAUUGGUGUUUCAGGACCAAAAAUCAUAAGUGAAAACUACAACAACGGUUUAAGCAUCAGUGUCAAUGGGUCGAAGACCGGCCCUUUCAAUCUCAGAUCUCAACCGCUCUCAAACUAUAACCAGCAGUUGUGGCUCACCUGUGUCAUUCAGAUCCAGAACAACGUUGGAGAUUUCCGGAGGGAGUUCGGGAUGAAUGUUGAACUGCAGGGCGUGAUGCAGGACGCAAGCGUGAUGCACAUUAGUGAUAACGUGCACAAUAAGAACAGAACCUUGCACUGCGCCGCCCAUCAGGAGGUAUGUGAUGAAAUUAUCGUUUUGCAUCUGGGUUACCUGAACUACACACAGUACCAGAUCAACAUCAGCUUCAGGAAUCUGGACGAUCUGAAGGCCAAUAUCAAAAAUGUCACAUUUGUGUUUAAGAUGUACAACACCACGUUCUCUCAGGUGGAAAUCUGGUUCCGCUUUGUGUUUGUUGUGAUGACCUUCAUAGUGACUUGUAUGUUUGCUCACUCUUUGAGGAAGUUUUCCAUGAGGGAUUGGGGAAUUGAGCAGAAGUGGAUGUCCAUUCUUCUGCCUCUGCUGCUCCUUUAUAACGAUCCGUUCUUCCCGCUGUCAUUCCUAGUGAACAGCUGGUUUCCGGGAACGCUGGAUGCGUUUUUCCAGGCUCUGUUCCUGUGUGCGCUGCUGCUGUUCUGGCUGUGUGUGUAUCACGGCAUCAGAGUGCAGGGUGAGAGGAAGUUCUUGACGUUUUACCUGCUGAAACUCAUAAUCGUCGGGCUGUUGUGGUUAUCAGCCGUUACUCUGGGAAUCUGGCAAACAGUAAAUGAGCUGCAGGAUCCCACAUAUCAGUAUAAAGUGGACAUCCAGAACUUCCAGGGAAUGAAAAUCUUCUUCCUGCUGGUGGUGGGGCUGUAUGUUCUGUAUCUGGUGUUUUUGGUGGUGCGAGCAUGCUCAGAACUCAAAAACAUGCCCUACACAGAUUUGCGACUAAAGUUUCUGACAGCGCUGACGUUGGUUGUGUUGGUGAUUAGUAUGGUUAUUCUGUACCUGAGAUUCGGCUCCAAGGCUCUGCAGGAUAACUUUGUAGCAGAACUUUCUACACACUACCAGAAUUCAGCUGAAUUUCUCUCUUUCUACGGCCUUCUCAACUUUUAUCUCUACACGUUAGCGUUCGUCUACUCGCCCUCCAAAAACGCUCUUUACGAUUCCCAGCUGAAAGAUAAUCCCGCCUUCUCCAUGCUCAAUGACUCGGAUGAUGAGGUCAUUUACGGGAGUGAUUAUGAAGAAAUGCCUCUUCAAAACGGCCGUGCCAUCAAAGCGACCGCCAAGUACCAGGAUGAGAGUGAAAGCGACUGAUCGGACUUCUGAUGGGAUGAAAGUAAAACUGGUCCACUCGUGUAUUUUUAGCAUCUGGCCUCUUUGGGGAAUGUAUAUAGACUCAUUGUUGAAAUAAUGCCAGUGUCAUUAUAUACUUUGUGUACAUGCCUAUAUAUAUUUUUAGAGAGAAUGGUGAGGUGCCCUGAUGAGGUGUUUACUAGGUGGAGAUUUCGUAAGAUACCACCAUAAAUGCAUUUCUGAUUGGUCGCACAGUGGCAGCGAACAGAAGCGUGCAGAUAUGUAUGAUAAAGCUGAUUUAAUUACUGAAAAUCAACUCUUUUUCAACCACUGUCUGCACAUGUCUGGAG